AUGCUUCUACGACAGCUGCCAUUAUGGCCCAAAGUAAUAGGCAGUCUUUUUCUCCUCAUUCAAAUAGUCCAUUUCUCAUCAACCCAACAAUUGAACUGUAGAGUGCCGUCAGAUAUCGUAUUCGUUUUGGACGGUUCUGAGAGUCUGAAAGAUGAAGACUUCAAGAGUAUGAAAAAAUUUGUGAACAAUCUUCUUCUGGGAUAUCCGGUGGAAGAAAACUACACGAGGAUCGGUGUUAUUGUGUUUGGAACAUAUCCAGCAGACACCAUAGAACUCACGUCCACUUACAACAAAUAUUUAUUGGCGGCAAGGAUUGAAAAUCUUGCUCACCCGAAAUCCGGUACCGGAACCGCUCGUGCUUUAGAGGCAAUGCGAGAUAUGUUCCGAACGAAAAGCUCACGUAAUUUUGUCCACCGUGUGGGAGUGGUAAUCACGGACGGUCGUUCCGCUUCACCGGAGCAGACCAAAGACCAGGCAGCCUUGGCCCGGGCGGAGGGCAUCACAUUGUUAGCGAUAGGAUUCGGCUCCAGUAUAUUCAGGGCUGAAUUGGAAACAAUCGCCACAGCAUCAAACGUUUUCAUCUCCAAUUCCUUUAAUGACUCCUUACUGGAGGUGGAUGGCGCUUUAAGACCAUUGGUCUGCGAAGCACCCCCUGUUAUUGUAUUGUCGGGUGGAUCCACUGUUCUUCUGGGCGGAAAUAUUAUUCUAACAGCUACUAUAAGCACAACAUCCAACAUCACAUCUAUGAAAUGGCAGAGGAUUGCUGGAAAUGGUCUAGCUUCAGAUAUUGACAUAGCGUCAUCAUCUGGAAAAUAUAUUGGGAGUACCGUUUCAUCGAUUAAUCCAAAACUUGUUAUCAACAAUGCCAAUUAUAAUGACGGCGCCAUCUACCGGCUCGUUGUGACAAAUGCUGGAGGGGAGACGACUAGUAAUCUAAUUGAAAUCCGGGUUGUCGAACUCCCAAGCAUUACAAUAACCGGAAGUUCUAUCGUUGGAUAUGGAACCACUGCCACCUUAUCAGCGUUCAUCUCCACCAAUGUCCAAGUUCUCUCCGUUAAGUGGCAGAAGGUGUUCGGUAAUGGCGCCGCUUAUGAUAUCGACGUGAUCGGUACUUCCGGAAAAUACAGCGGAAGUACUAAUUCCAUCACUAAUCCCGUCCUAGUGAUCAAUGGCGUUGAUUACACGGACGAGACUAAUUACCAGUUAGUGGUCCGUACGGCCCUCGGAGAGGUGUCCAGUAACCAGAUAAACCUUAUUAUCACAGGAGGUCCAACAAACUCUCCCACAACGACACAAGGUCUGCCUUUCACCACGAACAGAAUCAACUCCGUAUCUCCUGAACUUUGUCCAAAUUGUAUCAUUGGGCGCAACUGGGGCUACAAGUCCGUGACGGGAGACUGUACUAAAUUCAUCCAGAUGCUUCCAGACGCUGGUGGAAACGCCCUGGAAUUCACACACGUGUGUCCUUGGGGUCAGUUUUGGAACUUGAAUCAUCUCACUUGCCAGCCUUCCCACGAGGUGUAUUGCCCAGAUAGUCCUUGUAUCGGAAAGAUGGCAGGUACUGUACCGAUGGCUGGAUACUGUAGUGCUUUCUGGGUGUGUCUGAAUGGCACUGCUGUAGCUUCCUGUUGUCCAGCCAGUAGUAACAGUUAUGUCCAGGGAGUGGGGUGCACCAUGGAUCCCACAUGUUUGUCAGAAUGUCCACCAAAAGACAACAGAAUCGUUGGUCCUGUUGUAUGCACAAACUUUCCUGACGUGACUGAUGAAAAGAAGUUUAUUCAGAUGGCGCCAUCUGGUAACAUUUCCAUGCGCUGUCCGUUAGGUACCGCUUUUGUCGCUGCUGAUUGUGGGUGUACUAAACUGGUCAAGAUCUUGCCGUCUUCAAACCUCGACGAAUGCAAACCGGAAGUUAUACUGAAUUUCGAUGACUUAGCGAGACCUUUCGAGGAUUCCUCCACCAACAGUAUUACUGUCACAUACGAGUAUGUGGAUAUUGAUCCAACUAUGAGAAUGGCUAAAUUCAAUGGGCCGGGAAUUAUUAAUCUGUAUCGUUUUUCCAACGCUGACUUUCAACAGAGUCUCGUUAUCAGAUUAGAGUUCCGUAUACUACCAGGUGGCGCUGAGCAACAGGCUCUAGUUACAAACUGUAUCUAUUCCUAUCAGGAGGAGUCUACUAUUUCAAUGAUUGUAGACAAGAAGAUCAGCGCCGUUAUUUUCGGUCUGGAGACGUCCAAUGCCAAAGCGGAGUUCAUCGUGCCGUACACAAGAAAUGCGGUUAACAAAGUGAUCUUUAUCUAUAAUGGUGAACAAGCUGUAGCCGUCAUCAACAACGUCAGAGCUAACGUAGGACUGACAGGAAACAUUAUCAGAAGACAGAGCGGUAUUGUGAUCGGCGCGGGAAGUCAGAUGGGGCAUUUUAAUGGUUAUAUCGAUAAUUUUGAACUUUUCAUGUGUCUCCCAACGGAAAUUGAACAAUACCUUAGAGACUGAAAAUUCACAUACAUCUGAGUCUGAAUCAAAACUGUGAAAUCUUCGCAAGGACGAGAAAUUGUGUACACACUACAUGUAGUAGCCGUGGAGAAGAAAUACAUGAUGCUAUGAUUUGUAAAUAUGUACAUUUAAAGACCAUUUCCACUUAUUCCUGGAAUUAUUCUGUUCUUUUACUAAUUAGAUACAUUAUGAAUUUAAUUUGCUCGUCGUGUAUUGAGGCAUGAAUAUUUAAUGAAUAUAUGCAUGUUAAAUUUUCUGUGAUUAAGUUAUUCUAUGUGUAUGUCAUGACAUACUGUCGAUAAACAUAACUACUUAUAGAUUCUGCUUUAAACAAAACAUAAAAUGUCUGAUGACGUCAAUUUCUAUUUCUUCGUCUUCAGAAAUUGAUUUUCCAAACUAUUAAUUUUGUCACUGUAAACUCAUCCAAAUGAAAAUGUUUUACUGUAGAAAAGUGCUAGCAAAUUUUAAUAUAAAAAACAAACUUUAAAAUGCACGCUCCUGAUGUUUAUGUAACAACUUGUCAUCAUAGAUAUAUUCUGCGAUGAACAGGCGCCAUUCUGUACGAUAUAUUCUGUGAUGAACAGGCGCCAUUCUGUAUGAAAUUUGUUAUGCUUUGAACAUAUUUUAUUGAUCAAAUCAAAAGGAUUGGGAACAAGAUCUAACAACUUACUAGUUCCUCUCCUGUAUGAGGUCAAAUUCAUUAUUGUACUAUAUACAUGUACAUGUAUAACAAUUUUAAUGGCUAAUGGAAAAUAAAAGAAU